AAUAUGUUUUCACCUUUUAAGGAAGAUCAGAACAAUGCUGCAUUUAGUCGUAACGACGUUCCACGUGACUGCAGUCCUGGGGGCCCCGAGACGAGACCCACAGCUGGAUCAGCACUGGGAGCUGUGGAUGGACCGUUACAAUAAAACAUACCAUGAGAAAGAGGAAGGCUGGAGACGAAUGGUUUGGGAAAAGAACCUGAAAAAGAUUGAGUUGCACAACCUGGAGCACUCCAUGGGCAAACACAGCUACCGGCUGGGUAUAAACCAUUUUGCAGACAUGACUAAGGAGGAGUUCAAGCAGAUCAUGAAUGGCUACAAACCAAAGGCAGAGGAGAAGGCUAACGGGACUUUUUUCAAGAAACCCAGCUUCCAGAAGGUCCCUGAUUCUGUAGAUUGGAGACAAGAGGGCUAUGUUACACCAGUUAAAGACCAGGGUCAGUGCGCCUCCUGUUGGGCUUUCAGCGCCACUGGCUCUCUAGAGGGGCAGCUGUUCAGGGCGACUCGCAGACUGGUUUCCCUGAGCGAGCAGAACCUGAUGGACUGCUCUAGAUCUCUAGGCAACCAUGGAUGUGACGGUGGUUUAGCAAAGAAGGCCUUUGAGUAUGUUUACACAAACGGUGGGCUGAACUCUGAAGCAUCGUACCCGUACCUGGCAAAGGACAACCCCCAAUGUUUCUAUAAUGAGUCCUACAAUGCGAUCACCAUUGAUGGGUACGCCUACAUCCCCAGUGGGAGUGAAGAAGACCUGAUGGAGGCUGUAGCCACCAUGGGGCCUAUUUCUGUGGCUAUAGAUGCCAGCCGUGAUUCCUUCCAGUUUUACCAGUCAGGCAUCUACUAUGAGGAGGAUUGUAGUAAAGAAGAGCUCAACCAUGCCGUCCUUUUGGUGGGUUACGGCUAUUCUGAUCAAAAUUACUGGAUUGUUAAAAACAGCUGGAGUGAAAACUGGGGCAACAAUGGUUACAUCUACAUGGCUAAGGACAGAAACAACAACUGUGGCAUUGCAACAGAUGCUACUUUACCAAUUAUCCUUUGAGCAAUAUUCCAUGUGACUCCCUGCAGCUUUUUCUGCAGGAAGUGAGACAAAGAAGGAGAUUAAAUUCUCAAAGUUUAGCUUAUUAGGCAGUGCAAUGAUUUAGGCAAACAGACUCAUAUUAUUUAUGUACGUAAUUGAUAAAAUAUAUAUGCUGCUGCUUGUUUACAAACAUUUUCUGGUUUCAUUAUUAUUUUCAGAGGUUACAGAAAGUAAUAAAGGACCUAAAACCAUUUGGUGUGUGAGAUCCUUUAUGAACAUGAAGCAUCAUAUAGCAAAUAUCCUCCAGAAAACAGGCCUUAUAGUUGACUCUCUACCCACUGUGAACCUAAUACUUAACCCUAAACUCUUUUUUAAACUUUAACAUCCUUUUAUCGUUUAGAUGGAUAUAACAAGACAAGACUUCAAGCACAAAAGCUGGUCUGCAUCUGUAGGAAAGAUUUCAUGUCUGUAGGGCCACCAAAGACUCCUCCAUUGCUUACUAUUCAGGGUAUCAACACUUAUAACACGCCCUUUCUAAAAUAUAAAAUAACAUAUAAAAAAUUAAUAAAUUAUUAAUUUUUUAAAUACCGGUAAUUAUAUUUUUGUUCAGUUUUCAUUUACUUGCAUAAACUACUAUCUGGAU